CUGGCUCCGCUCCACAUGCAGUACAACCCACCACACGGUGCCACGUGUCCGACCCCCACGUCCGUGGAGCAUGCAGACAUCCAGGUCAAGAGCUACAACUUGCACUCCAGAGAGCGAUAUGUUUGUAACUCUGGUUUCAAGCGGAAGGCGGGCACAUCCACCUUGACCGAGUGCGUGUUUAACAAAACCACAAACAUCACCCACUGGACGGCUCCCAAUCUGAAGUGCAUCAGAGAUCCCUCCCUGACUCACCAAAAGCCAGUGCCACCCUCCACAGUAGUGACGACAAGGGUGACCCCAGAGCCAGAGAGCCCCUCCCCUUCUGGAAAAGAGCCAGCAGCUUUAUUUCCCAAGUCAGACACCCCACUGGCCACAGAGACAGCCACUGUGCCGGGGCCCUGGCUGAUGUCAUCCAAACCACCUUCCGUAGACACCACGGGGAUAGGCAGUCAUGAGCCCUCCCAAAUCCCAUCUCUGACAACAGCAGUGACCUUGGAGCGCACGCCCUCUCCUUCCCACGGGACACCAGGUGCUCAUCCACACAGCUCCAGAGAUGUACGUACGGUAGCCGUCUCAACAUCUGUUGCCGUGGUUUUCGUAGUGUGUGCGGCACUCCCGCUGGCGUGGUAUAUCAGAGCAAGGAAUACUUCCCAGCCACGUGCUGUUGAAAUGGAAACUGUGGAAGCAAUUCCAAUGACUGGGGACGCCAGCAGCAGAGAGGAAGACGCAGGGCCCUGUCCACUCAACCUCUGAAACUCAGGAAAACCAGCGGGCUCAGUCUGGAGCGAAGGAUCCAGCUCUGCUGUAGCUGAGCAGGACCUGGGAGACACUGGGAAAAAGCCCAACAGGAUGAUCAAGUCUCUGGCUUGAUCGUGUGGACUGUGCCUGGGCACAUCCCAAAGACUGAGGAGGUCCUCCCGCAUCCGGUGGAUGCUGCCCGCCCAGCUGGCCGCGGUACACAGCCAGCUUCCUAAAGUGCGGACGGCUGCAGCUCUCGGGAGGGGGCUGAAGGUCGUCCUGAAGGCCUCGCGUCUCACUCUGACGUUGAUGCAGACAGCUUAUCCACUUGCCUGUCUACUCCGUACCUCAUCCUGACUCGCAGUCUACAGAGAACAGUUAACAACAAGGCUCUUCUGAGCCUGGGAAGACACCAGCAUUUGAGUUCCUCAGACCUCUCUCCUGCAUGUACUGAAAGGGAGCUGAGGGCUGGGGAUGUAGCUCAGUGGCAUAAGCGCUUGCCUGGCAAGCCUGAGGUCAUGAGUUCAAUUUCUGGUACAAAAAAAAAGAUGAAAGGGAGCUGAGAAAGGCAGUGGAGAUAUUGAGCCAGCGAAUUCUCUUGAUGUAAGGAUUCAGAAGGAAAAUUGAACUCAGUGAUGUUUUAUAUGCUUUUAUAUUUAUACUUCCCUGUUUGUUAUGCUAUGUUAUGUAUGAUUUAUAUUUUGAAAGUGUGCCUUGUACAAACAAAAUAAAAUAUCUAUUUUCAGUAUUAAAAA